AUGGAUGAGCUAUUCCUCUAUGGGAGCUUUUCUCAGAACAGGAACCUAUCUUUGGCUGGCAGCAAUUUGUCCCCAGCUCCGUCACUUCUGAACAGCUCUUCCUCUGGGAAGGACAAGGUCAUGGAAGCCCCUCGUUACAACAGGCAGCUGCGGAUCAUAACUAUGACCAUCAUACUGACAGUGGCGCUGGUGGGAAAUUCUGUGGUGCUGUACAGGAUCUUCAGUGGCAAAGACAAAAAGAGGAAAAUUAACUUUUUAAUCACCCACUUGGCAUUAGCUGAUCUUUAUGUGUCAGUGGUGACUCUCUUUUCUCAAAUUGUGUGGGAGCUGCUGGAAGAUGAAUGGUUGGCUGGAGAUGUCUUUUGCCGGAUUUUCAAAGUUUUUCAGGUUUCUGGACUCAUUGCAUCCUCCAAUAUAAUUGCCAUAGUCGCUCUGGAGAGGCAUCAUGUCAUUAUAAACCCUUUAAGUACCCCUCUGCCCACAAGAUGCUUUGCAGCUUUGGGGUGGCUGUUAGCUCUACUUCUCUCUGUGCCGCAGGCAUUUGUGUUCAAAGCAGUCUAUACAGAGCAGGGAAGCAGGUGUAGCAAUAUCUUUGGACAGCUACCUGGGUGGCACUUUCAGGUCUAUAUUAUAUACAGCUCAAUCACAGUUUUCUUCUUGCCCUUCUGUAUCUUAGCUGUGGCAUACAUACGCAUUCUCUGGAUCAUCUGGAGUAAGGGCAAGACCUCCAGAACACCAAAUCACCACAUUGGAGACAUGGAACUUAAGGUGACCAAGAGACCAUUAAAACUGGUUGCUACCAAUAGUUGUAUUCCAAGAGCUAAGAUCAAGACCCUAAAAAUGACACUGGUGAUUAUUAUCCUUUUCAUUGUGUGUGGGUUACCAUACUUCAUUGUAGAGAUGAAGGUGGCAUUUGGCACCAUAACUGGCUUGGAUGAAGAGGUCAUGGCAGUGCUGGGUAUUUUUGUAGUGUCCAAUAGUGCAGUUAACCCGUAUGUGUACCUCUUCUUUAAAACCAACAACGUUUUCCUCCAGAAACUAGAGAACAAGGUGUGCUUCUCCUGCUGCCUCCAAGAACACCGAGAAAUCCCUUCAAGGAGGGAGUUCUUCCCCUCAUAUUCUCCUACACCAAAAAAAGAGGCUUCCAGCACCACCACCUCUGAAGUGGAGGCAUCUUCUGUUCUGCACCGAUCAGUCUCUUUCCUGCAUUCUGUGGCACCCUUAGACAAAAGACUCGGUGCUCCCUGUGAGAGUUGUAUGUGA